AUGAGCUCGGUUCGUCAAGUGGCUGAGCGAGGCUGGCGGCCCUCGGGGCAGAUAAACUCGUUAGGGUCGCUGAGAUGUGUCGCGGGGGCUGAGCAGGAGUCGCCGCCGGUACCGCGGAUCACAGUAAUCUCGUUGGACCUCCGACCUCCGACUCACAACAAAUUAACUUUCGUAUUCGAUCAACAACAUAAUUUGUCGACGACGUGGAUGGAGCGCUUCUCUUUGUUCCGAUUCACUUUGCUCGUUCCCUUUAUACCGAUGGGAACAAUUACGUUAAGGAUUCCUUAA